UUCUGCCCUGUUCACCAAGUGCUGCUCUCAUUCGUUAUCUUCUGUUUAAGUUCCUUUUGUUAAGGUACCUGCUGACCAGAGAUGUGAAACUGCCGUGGAUCAUGAUAAACCUUGUGGCUUUGGGUCUUUGGGAACAUGUUUGUUCUUUAACAACCUGGAAAUGCUUUAGAUGAGCAAUGCCAUGUAACAGAAUCGUCUUGAAGUGGGAGAUCUGGCCCUCAACUGUGGUACAGAGCGUUCGGCUUUCUCCCUGCUUGAUGUGGGGGCAGCUACGGCAUCUUCUCUUGGCCUGUCGGCACGACGAGCGUUACUUAGCGUCAGGAAGUUAUGAAAAUGAGGAUGAAAAUGAUAAUACGGAGGACAGAUCAAAGGAUCCCAUAUCCUUUCAGCCCAUGGGAUCAGAGCGGAUGGAGAUGCGAAAGAGGCAGAUGUCGGUGCAGCAGGAGUCGGUGGCGGGCACCACAGCACCGGCGCAGAACGAGCAGCCCGGCCAGGGGAACCGUGGCUCCAACGCCUGCUGCUUCUGUUGGUGCUGUUGCUGCAGCUGCUCCUGUCUCACUGUUAGGAAUGAAGACAGAGAAGAGAGGAACCGGAGAGCCUCGUAUGAUUUUAAAGCAGAGGGGAACGCAGACUUCGAGGAAAGUCCGAAACCGACUGCGGAGGAUGUCCGCUUGUGGGGGCAGUCAUUCGACAAACUAAUGCACUGCCCCGCUGGAAGAAGUGCCUUCCGGCAGUUUCUGCGCACCGAGUUCAGUGAGGAAAACAUGCUUUUCUGGUUGGCCUGCGAGGAAUUCAGUAAGGAAACCAAUAAAAGCGUCAUCGAGGAGAAGGCGCGGAUAAUAUAUGAAGACUACAUCUCUAUCCUCUCACCCAAAGAGGUGAGCCUCGAUUCUAGAGUUCGGGAGGUUAUAAACAGGAACAUGCUGGAGCCGACGUCCCACACGUUCGACGAUGCCCAGCUCCAGAUAUACACGUUAAUGCAAAGAGACUCGUAUCCGCGAUUCAUGAACUCGCCGGUCUACAAAAACCUGCUUAAGACAGUCUCUGAGCAGCCGGUGGAAUCUUAGAUCUCUGUGAUCCCGGUCGAAUGCCCCCUCCCUAUCUUUUGUUAUUACCUUUUCUCGUGUAGAAUAUGUUUAAAAGGACCUCAGCGUGGGUCCUCCCAGGGAUUUUACCGCUAUAGCGAUCUGUACCUGAAAAAAGACGCUCAGGUCUCCAGGUCACUGGAUUUUAAAAAAAUGUCUCAAAUUUCCUGAGGGCUCAACACCACAAGUACUGCUACAGAUCAGCAUAGCAAAAGAUGCUCCAAAGGAUUAUCAGUGCGUUUCGAUGUUUUUAAGAAAAUAAUCUAUUUUAUUUGUGUCGAAGGUUUUUUUUUUUUUUUAUCAUUUUUUGUAUCAAUGUUUGAAAGAAGAUGUGAUACCAAUCGUGGGCUAUAUACAGUAUAUACAGUAGAUAUAUUUAUGAAUUUGUAUUACAUUUCUUCAACCUUUGUUUUUUUUCGUGUUAUAAUAUUUAAAGAAAAGGGAAUUAUGGGUAACAAGUAUUGCCCGUUUAUGAAAAAUGCGUAUGAGAAUCAAAGCUCAAGUCAAGGCAACACUUCAGCUCAACUCACGGGACGUCUAAAACAGUAAUGUUUAUUAAAUAACCCCUAUUAUAAUGACUUGGCAUCUCCAAUGAGAAAUCAUCAUUAUCAGAAAAAACGAAAAAUAUAAAUAGGGGGAAAUAUAUUAGUGUUAUGGAUAAGAAAUAAAUUAUAUCAUAACAUGUAUUUAAAUCAGUAUUUAAAAUCAAAUAGCAUUUCUCAAACAGCUUAGUACACUGUAAAAAAACAAUUUGUUGAGCCAACUUAAAAUAAUUUGUUACCCUGCUGCCUUAAAAUUUUAAGUUCAGUCAACUAAACGUAUUUGAGUUGACUAAACAAAAAAAUUGGUUUGUUAAACUUAAAAGCUGGGCUUGUAACCCACCUGCCUUAAAAUUUUAAGUUGAAUCAACUCAAAUAUCUGAGUUGUCACUUAGUAAGUCGAUUAAACUUUUUUGAGUUGACAGAACUUAAGAUUUUAAGGUGGCCAGGUAAUAAAUUAUUUUAAGUUGACUCAACAAAUUGCUUUUUACAGUGUGUAGUUAUUUUCUCUGCCUUUUCUACUGCUAGAAAGUAUCAAGAAUUUAUUUACAUAAAUAUCAUCUAUCUACAAGUGUUUUUCUCUAUCAUAGCAUUUAUUUAUUUCCAUGCUGCAUCCAGAACGAGCAGCUAAGAGUUGGUUGCAUGUACUCAACCAAAAGACCGAAAGCCUCAUUUGUGUACAGUAUGUAGAGGUAGUAAUAUUUUUACGGAUGACCUCGAAGAGAUUUAACAUGCAGGUAUUAUACUACAGUAUUUCGAUCUAAACAUGAGCCCUGAAUGGAAAGGUGCAGGUUUUAUUGCUAGGACCCUCAUAAGUAGAUGACACCAAAGUAGCCAAGUCCAGUAAAACUGUGUGAUUAGCUUUCUCUCCAAUACAACUGACUAGAAUUGGAGCUGCCAAGUUCUUACUAUCUUUUUAGUUCUGUGAAUUACUUUGUUGCCUGACUUUCAUGUCGCUCAAAGACAAGAUCCUCACUCGGGGAAGUGCCUUGACAUUCAAUUUUGUGACAUCUCUUUUUUGGCAAUAGUUGAUUUAAACUGUUGCCGCAUACAGUACGUAGACUCUGGGCCUUUGAUCAAUUCAUGAGAUGACUUGUCCUGGACGGUGACUAUUGCACUUCAUUUGCCUCUAGUUUCGGAGCGAAAAACACCAUUGGUUUUGUCAAGCGCUGAAGUCGCACAUUUAAGAAAGUGAGUCUGUCGGUUAGUCAGGUACAGUUCAUUACGAUUGUUGAUCCGAGUCCAGACGUACAUCUACCAACAUGUAUUUCAUGGUGGUGCUUCUACUUGUCUUAGACUAACUUAAUAUGAAAUGUGCAAUUGAUGUGUGCAAUUUGAGCUGAUGGAUUCACCACAUAGAUCAACCUCAAACACAAUCUAAGCCAAUGGUUUGGAGUUAUACUGCCUAUAAAUCUUUUUUUCUUUCUCUCUUUUUUUUUGUUGUUGUUCUGUAAAGUAUACAAAAAAGUGUUAUUUUCCAAUCAGUUUACAUGAAAAUUAUAAUACAUUUUUUUGAUUAAUAAUAUGUGAAUGUUUACAGUAAUCAGAUUAGUUUUUUUCUGUUUUAAUGAAUUGAGAAAAAUAAUGAUUUGUGGGCAUUUGGAAUCUUUAAGAUACAAUAAAGCACAAUAAUUUUAAAAUGUGUGAUUGUUGUCAGAGCUGCGGAGUAGUGAGUUGACAUAUGUGCCCUAUGUGAGCUCGUUGGAUCAUGGGAACUCAGGUUCGAAUCCAUCUGGUGUCUUUUGCACCUCUCUCACCCCUACUUUGCUGUCACCUCAUACUGUUCUAUAAAUAAAGUCAAAAUAUUACAAAAUAAAAGUAUAU